AUGCAGCGCGUCUCUGCCCUCCUCCCUUCUCGGGAUAAAAGGAAAUCUCAUACUAGCACGGCGACCAAGUCAUCCCUCGAAAGAUUAUUCGGCGCUUCCGAAAAACGGCGAUCAGCUCAUCUUAACAGACUCUCCACAGCCCCCUCCAUUGUCCGCGAAGAUUAUUGGCCUGCGACGCUCGACAGAGAAUGCGAUCGCGCCGCCAGGAUCCUCAAGUCCUUCUCCACUGAUGGCUACCUCGCUCCUCUGCACGAUGAUGACGAACACCACGACCACCGAACUUCUUCCGCUCCCUCCGAACCGCAAACGCCCAUUCAAGUCUUCAAACGAAUUCCUCGGAAAAUCAUUCAAAAUGCGGCUGGAAUUGCCAUCUUCACUUGCAUGCGGUCAGGCCUUUGGAUGACAGGCUCGGGAGGAUCGGGCAUUCUGAUCUCCCGGAAAGCGGAUGGAACAUGGUCUCCCCCCUCAGGCAUUCUGCUACAUACCCCAACGUUGAGUUUCAUCAUUGGCGUGGACGUUUACGACUGUGUCUUGGUCGUCAACAACAUGACGUCUCUGGAGACCCUCAUUACGAGGCCUAGUGUUACGCUGGGCGAAGACAUCGGCCUCACCAAAGGGCCGCUCAUUCCGCUUGAUUCGACCGACGAAAGCUUGCAAUGGAGAGAACUGGACAACAGUGUCUUGACUUAUCUCAAAGCCAGGGGUCAAUCUCGGAAUGUUAAUCUCCACGGCUGUAUCUUGACCGAGAGGGGCAAUGAGAACGAACGGUUCUACCAGAGCAGCGUAACCCCCGCGCAGAUAGCUGCCGGGAACGUGUCAAGGCGCGUCGACGAAACCCGACCGCUAUCCGAGGUCAUCAAGAUGGCCGAAGGAAGGAUUGAUGCCGACAUGGCCGUUAUCAACAAACUCGCUACGCAACCCAGUCCCGGGGACGCCAUGAUCGCAACACCACGCGAGUCUCCCUCGUCGCCCGUCUUUUCUACCUUUGGCGUCCCGAGCUCCGAUGAUCCCGAUCCUUUCGGUAUCCUCGCUCUGGAGAUGGCGGGCCUGGAGAUUCGAGAAGCCGGAACCCGUCAUAGGCCAUGCGACCGCCACUUCGAAUAUGUCCCAAGUCCUUCGAGUCCCGCUUUCUCCCGAUUCAGCCGGCAGAGCGAGACUAAUGUGACGGAGAGCAACCGAGCCAGCUAUAUGUCGGGUAGGACGGAGAGGACCAAGAUGUCGGAUGCAUGUACGCAGACCGAAAAGAAUCAGACGCCGAGCACAACGCCGAAUCUAAGCCACAGUGAAGAUGGCAUGGACGAACAGACCGAAAGUGAGAAGGCCGGAUGUAAGGACUCGAAGGAGCGGGAACAACGGGAGGAGCGGAACCAGCGGGGCGAGGUUGAAGAAGAAGUGGAUUACACCAAGGUUGACCUCACGCCACUAAGGCACCUGAGCGGUAGUUACUCGCCCCGCAGCGUCGUUGUAACAGACGGCACCGCGAGUGCGGAUGGGCACUCACGAACGGAUGCCAGCAUAUUCGACGACGCUGCCACAAAGGCAUCGAGUGUUUACGAGAAGGAAGACGACGAUUCACGCGACUCAAACGGCAACGAUGACGAUGCCGACGAUGAAGAUGAAGAUGAAGAGAUGGAUGAUGACGACGAGGAACCCGUCAUCUUGGAGGUGGCGUCGGUGCAACCGGCUGCGCGGACUGCCGUGGUUGCUUCUCCGAUAAACGUAAGAGGGGCAUUGGUGAACAUCCCGAAGCGGAUAGCCCCGCCCCUUCCUACAAGAAGCCCAGCUCGGAUGUCUCGCGCCAGCAAGAGCGAUCUGGCGAACGAUGAUCACGUCCCUAUCGCUACGCAGACGGACUUGGAGCCACCGCCCCAGAAGCCUUCCGACGAGAUGACGACUGACGAGCCAGAAAGGAUCCCCGUUGUCUCCGAACCAUCAUCGCCAGGGAAAGCGAGAGAGGCCGUGGCCAUGUCGAGCGAAGGCAAGCAUUCAGAUAAAGAGGCCGCCAAGGAAGAGGAGACGACCCUAACGAUGGAAGCUUGCCCGGACGCUUCGGCCAACCCGAGUCAUCUCACACCCGUCGUGUUUCCACCUCGGGACACAUCGGAGACUCUGGUUCCACCAGAGAGGAGCGCGAGGAGACACUCAAAGGCGGACUUUAGCGCAAAUCCCACAGCGGAAACCAAGUCCAUGUCGCCUAGGCCUGUUUCUGUGGCUUGA